GUCAAACGAACACGGUCUCCUUGAAAAAAAUCCAUGAGACAGAACCCGUAGCCAAACACACCCAAUUCUGAUGCUUCUCUCUCCCCGUUCCCCUCAUCCAAUUCCGAUCUAGAAUCCCUUUGUUUCUCUACCCUCACACGCAAUGGGAAGCAGCAGCAGCGAUGUGGAGGCAGGUUUCGCGAAGCUCCAGGGAGAAGACUUCGAGUACUACAUGCAGACCUACUCAAUCGUAUUAGGUCGAAACAGCAAGAAAUCCACCGUCGACGUCGACCUCUCCUCCCUCGGCGGCGGCAUGAACAUCUCUCGCCACCACGCCCGCAUCUUCUACGACUUCCAGCGCCGCCGCUUCGCCCUCGAAGUCCUCGGCAAGAACGGUUGCUUCGUCGAAGGCGUCCUCCACCUCCCCGGCAACCCUCCCGUCAAGCUCGACUCCCAAGACCUUCUCCAGAUCGGCGACAAGGAGUUCUACUUUCUCCUCCCCGUUCGUAGCAUCCUUGGCGGCCCGAUCGGGCCUCGCCACCAUGGCGCCGUCGCGGCGGCUCACCACCACCACCAUUUGUUGCCGCCACCGGGGAGCUUUGGGUUGGGGAAGAAGGGCGGGAGGGGUAGGGUUGAGUAUUUUGAGGAUGAGUAUGAUGAUGAUGAGGGGCGUGGUGGAGAUGAUGGAUUGGUUGCUGCUAAGAAGAUGAGAAGAGGUGGGGAUGGGCAUGAGAUGUAUGGAUAUGGCUCGGCCGGCUCGGGCGGAAAGGGGGUGAUUCCGGGACAAUUGGAUAAGAAGGUUGAUGCAAGGUCCAGAGUUGACAGGGAAUCUGACAAUCAUCAGCUUCUUCAGUUGGAAGAGAAGGAUGUGGUAUCAUCUGUGGCAACUGUGCUUUCUGAUCUUUGUGGCCCCGGAGAAUGGAUGCCAAUGGAGAAACUUCAUGCAGAGUUGCUAGAUCAUUACCGCAGUGUUUGGCAUCACAGUCGUGUAAGGAGAUACCUCACAUCUGAGGAAUACCCUGGUCCUGAAUCCAAGGGAAAACCAUGGUAUGGUUUGCUUAUGUUGUUAAGGAAAUACCCUGAACAUUUUGUCAUCAACACAAGGUCCAAGGGCCGGGUAACGCUGGAGUUUGUCUCUCUUGUCUCACUGCUUUCAUAAGAUCUUGAAACCUCACCAUGCCAGUCAUCCAGCAUUUGAUCCAUCAGAAAGUGACAACAUUGCAUAUGCUCAACUCCAAUAUAAAUUGUUGUGGAGUGUGGUCAGCUUGAAGCUCUGCUUCGGUGCUGUAAAUAACUCCAUGAACAUGAAUUAUGUUGAUGGAACAUCUUUUGUAUAUGGUGUUUUGGUAGUGUAUUGUACUCUCUCAGUUUCUCUAUGACAAUUGCUUUUUUUUCUUCUUGAGAUAUUGUACCCUUUUAGGUUUUUCUUAUCAGUGCCAACUUUGUUUUGAUUGGCCACGCCUUGUGGAUUUUUCAUCUAGCCCAUAUCUUAUGAAGUGUGCCCUUUGUUUUUA